AUGUAUAGUACGAUAACAUUAACAUCUUCGAAUCUAUCUAUCCCACGUCUUGGCUAUGGUACAGGGUCAAAAUGGCGAAAUGGUGAAAUGGUGAAAUCAAUCAAUGAAUCUCUAGUCAUUGCCAUUCGUCAAGCAUUAACUUUAGGAUAUCGACAUUUAGAUUGUGCUGAAAUAUAUUCUAAUGAAGAAUCUGUUGGAGAAGCUAUUCGUCUUCAAGGACUUUCACGUGAUAAAUUAUUUAUCACUUCAAAAGUUUAUAAUAAUAUUGAAAAUAUAUCUAAAGCGUGUGAUGAUACAUUGAAGCGUUUAGGUAUUGAUUAUCUCGAUCUUUGGUUAAUUCAUUCACCAUUUUUUGAUCGAAAUAAAAUUUCAUUAAAAAAAGCUUGGAAAGAUAUGGAAAAUUUAGUUGAUAAUAGGAAAGUUAAAUCAAUUGGAGUUAGUAAUUUUCAAAUUGAACAUUUAAAAGAAUUAUUUGAUUUAAAACCAAAAAUCCGACCAAUUGUUAAUCAAAUUGAACUUCAUCCUUAUAUUUAUAAAGAAUCAAAAGAUUUACUCGCUUAUUGUAAAUUAAAUAAUAUUAUUAUUCAAACUUUUACACCACUUGCUUCACUUGCUCAUAAACCUAAUGGACCAGUAGAUCGAAUAGUAAAUGAUUUAGCUAAAAAAUAUGGUCGAUCACCUGCACAGAUUCUACUCAAAUGGAAUUUAAGUAAAGGUGAUCUUACGAUAACAACAUCGAAUAAACGUGAACAUUUAGAAGAUUUUCUUAAAGUUAAUGAUGAAAAUUUUCAAUUAACUGAUGAUGAUAUUAAUGAAAUUGAUGAAGCUGGAGGCAAAUUGUACUAUCGGAGAUGUUGGAAACAACAAAUUGAUGGAUCACAAUAA